AUGGGCGAUUAUGGCCAGUACGACGUACCCACAGCCGACCUGAUGAUCAACUUCAAGGUGGGCCAACCUGCGCCCUCGAUGCUGCCGCUGGACAAGAUCCGCGAAGCCGCGACGCUCAAGUUUAGUGAGGCCGACCCCAUGUUCUUGCAGUACGGCGUGAUCAAGGGCUACCCCAAGUUCCGCCGCACCCUGGCCGAGUUCUUGACCAAGGGAUACAAGCACCAAGUGGACCCCGAGAAGCUCUUUGUCACGAAUGGCGUGACGGGAGGUCUCGCCCUCAUCUGCUCGUUGUUCCUGCAGUCAGGCGACCUGGUUUUCAUGGAAGAGCCGUCGUAUUUCUUGGCCCUGAGUAUCAUGAAGGACUUCAAGGUGAACGUGCGUCAAAUCCGCAUGGAAGAAGACGGGCUGGACAUUGACGAGCUCGAGCGGCUGCUGCAGCGCGGCAUUGUGCCCAAGAUUCUGUACACCAUCCCAACGUGCCAUAACCCAACGGGUCGCACGCUCUCGCUCGAGAAACGCAAACGUCUCGUUGACCUCAGUGCCAAGUACAACUUUGUCAUCGUGGCGGACGAAGUGUACCAGCUGCUGUCGUUUCCUCACGUGACGCCGCCGCCGCCCAUGUUUACAUUCGACGAGCACGACACAGUACUUGCGCUGGGCAGCUUUUCCAAGAUCCUGGCACCUGCGCUUCGUCUUGGCUGGAUCCAAGGUUCGCACAAGCUGCUGAACAAGAUUGAAGCCUGUGGACAGCUCGACUCGAGCGGGGGCAUCAACCCGGUGAUUUCAGGUAUUGUGCACUCGGCCAUUGCUACUGGUCUGCAGCAGCAGCACUUGGACACGACGGUGCAGACGCUGUGGGAGCGUGCGGAUGCGUUGAUGACGGAGCUCAAAGCGCAUUUGCCAGACGGUGUGACCUUUGAGGUCCCGGAUGGCGGCUACUUUGUGCUCGUGCGUCUACCGGAAGGCAUGAAUGCCAACAGGUUGUUGCCCAUUGCUGAGAAGCACAAGGUGAUGUUCCUGCCGGGUGCCUCGUUCAGCAGCAACAUGAAGAACUUUCUGCGGCUCAGUUUCUCCUGGUACGACUUGAAGGACAUGCAGCUUGGUGCUCGCCGUCUUGCGGACGCCAUCCGUGAAUACCAGGAGGUGUUUGCUUCCGAGCAGAAGGCGGUUGCCGAGGUGGGGAAGCCCAGCACUUGCGGGGGAGAAGUCGUGCGUAUUGCCGUGCACGGCCACGACGGCCGCUUGGGCUCGCUCAUUGUGAGCGAGCUGAACAAGCUGAUGGACCACAGUGCGUGUUUUGCUGGCGCGAUCGUCACGCGUUUCGAUACUGGCGUCGAGGCGCCAGACCUCAACAGUGUGGACGUCGUCGUUGAUGCCACGCUACCGGUUGGCACGAAGAAGGUGAUUGCUUACCUGCGUGAGCAGAAGGAUGCGGGCAAGAUCAACAAGUUGCCUGCUCUGGUCGUUGGAACCACGGGAGCUCUGCCGAUGGACGAUCUCGAGGCCUACGCGAAGCUGGCUCCGGUCGUCCUCCGCUCGAACUUUUCGGUCGGUGUGCCGCUCGUGUCGGAGCUCAUCAAAGCUGCUGCGUUCAAGCUGCCUGCGGAGGGAUGGAACGUUGAGGUGGAGGAGAUCCACCAUACGAACAAGCUGGACGCACCCAGCGGCACUGCCAAGACGCUUGUCAAGUCGCUUGCGACGACGGGGGCUCCGUGUUUGGGUGCAACGGGUCAAGCGCCGACGCACUCUUUGCGUCUCGGUGAUGAAGUUGGCAAGCACACGGUGCUCUUUGCUGGUCCGGGCGAGCGCAUUGAGAUCGUGCACCAAGCCACCCGACGUGAGGUGUUUGCUAUCGGCGCGGUGCGUGUGGCGAUGCAGGCUCCUUCGCUGCCAGUUGGUCUGCACUCGAGCUAA